GAAGAAGGAAAAAUACGUCAAACUUCCUGUUAAACACACCUUUCCAGCCAAUAAGGAAAGUAUCUAGUGAAAUUGAAGCACCAUGGAAGAACCAAUUGAUGCGAUAGAUGCCGUGUUUGGCGACCGUAUGCGUCGUUUCCACGAGUUCCUGGCUGAGGAAGAGCCCACUGAUUAUAAAGAACUCAUCCGUGAAAUGCUGAUGAAGAAUGAAAACAGGCUAUGUGUUUCAAUCGAUGAGAUAAGAGAGUUCGAUAAGGGGCUGUGGAGUGGGCUGCUGAAUGAACCAAGUGAAUACCUGCCAGCUUUCGACAGAACGCUGAAAGACCAGGCAGGAUCGCAUUUUGAUCCUUUGAAUCCGGCAUUCAGAGAGACAGAUGACCCAGAGUUUCAAGUGUAUCACGUUGCCUUUAAGGGAGCCUUUGGUAGCCAUUCAGUUUCACCAAGAACCAUCAGAUCUACACACCUGUCCAAAAUGAUAUCAGUGGAAGGUAUCGUGACCAGGGCUUCCCUUGUCCGGCCAAAGAUCCUCAGAUCGGUACACUACGCCGAAAGCACGGGUCGUUUCCACGCAAGAGACUUCAACGAUCAAACCACGUCGUUCAACCCCAUCAGUACACCUCCUGUGUACCCAACGGAGGACGCAGAGGGGAACAAGUUGACGACAGAGUACGGUUACUCCAUCUAUAAGGAUCAUCAAACAAUCACAGUUCAGGAGAUGCCUGAGAGAGCUCCAGCAGGUCAACUACCAAGAUCGUUGGAAGUUGUGCUUGGUGAUGAUCUUGUAGACUCUGUAAAACCUGGUGAUCGUGUGCAGAUCGUCGGUGUCUACAGGUCACUAGGUGGUGGUGCCAAUACCUCUUCGUCUUUCUUCACGGUGCUUGUCGCAAACUCUGUGUAUCCAUUACACGCAAGAUCAACAGGUGUCUCUGCAAGAGAAACCAUCACAGACUCGGAUAUCAGAAACAUAAACAGCUUAUCCAAGAACAAAGAUGUGUUUACCAUUAUGGCUCAGUCGUUGGCACCAUCGAUCUACGGUCAUGAGUAUAUCAAAAAGGCCGUGCUAUUGAUGAUGCUGGGUGGUGUUGAGAAGAACUUGGAAAACGGUUCGCAUUUAAGAGGUGAUAUCAACAUCCUCAUGGUUGGUGAUCCUUCUACUGCUAAAUCUCAAAUGCUGAGAUUUGUGCUGAACACAGCCUCCUUGGCAAUUGCAACCACUGGUAAAGGUUCUUCAGGUGUUGGUUUAACAGCUGCCGUGACUCACGACAAGGAAACGGGUGAGAGAAGAUUGGAAGCUGGUGCGAUGGUCCUCGCAGACAGAGGUAUUGUCUGUAUUGAUGAAUUCGAUAAGAUGUCGGACGUGGACAGAGUGGCUAUCCACGAAGUUAUGGAACAACAAACAGUCACCAUUGCCAAAGCUGGUAUUCAUACCUCUCUGAACGCCCGUUGCUCUGUCAUUGCAGCUGCUAACCCACUGUAUGGUCAAUAUGACGUUCAUAGAGAUCCACAUCAUAACAUUGGCCUUCCAGACUCCCUUCUUUCUCGUUUCGAUUUGCUCUUCAUCGUGACUGAUGACGUUAAUUCACCAAGAGACCGUUCCAUCUCUGAGCACAUCUUGAGAACGCACAGAUACGUGCCAACUGGUUAUGCAGAAGGUGAACCAAUCAGAGAGACAUCUACUAUUUCAUUGGCUGUUGGUAACGAAAGACUGGAAAAGGAUGCUGCUGAAGAAGAAGAGGAGGAACAACCAAUGUACCAGAAGUAUAACCCUGUUUUACAUGCUGGUGUCGCUGCAGCACAACGUACUCGUGGUGCUAAGAAACCAAAGAUCCUUACCAUCCCAUUCUUGAGAAAAUACAUUCAAUAUGCCAAAUCCCGUAUUGAACCUGUCCUGACACAAGGAGCUGCCGAUCAUGUUGUUAAAAUCUAUACUAACCUGAGAAAUGGUCAAGAUACAAAGUCAAAGAGAACAGCUCCAAUCACUGCUCGUACUUUGGAGACUCUGAUUCGUCUGGCCACUGCCCAUGCGAAGGUGAGACUAAGUAAGUCUGUCGAGGUUCGUGAUACAAAAGUGGCGGAAGAGAUGUUGUACUCUGCUUUAUUCAGAAAUAUUGGCGACCAAAGACCAGCCAAACAGGCCAAGGUCGACAAAGAGGUUGAAGACAGUGACGAAGAUAGUGAAGAGAAUAGCGAUGAUGACGAGGAUAUCGAAGCUGACGUAAGGCUUGACGACGAUGGUGAUCAUCUCACAGCACCUCCAACCGGUGGUAGAAUAACACGCUCUCAAACGAGACGUGUAAGACAAGCUGGUGAUUCUUCACAGCUGCAAGAACCUUCCCAACAUGAGGAGGCUGAUUACGAACCAGUUCCACAGGAUGAGACUCAAGAGAGCCAGGAGACUCAGCAAACACAGGAACGGAUGGAACAGCUGACUAUUCAAGAGCCAGAAAUCAUUGGAGUCCCCUUGUCAGAGCAACGAACUCGUCCUAGAGGCCAUGAAAACACCAUAUCACCUGACAGAUUGCGUACGUUCAACAGAAUUGUUUCAGAAUUACUCAGGGACGAACAAUUCCAACAAGAUACUGGUUUCACCAAGGAGUCUCUUUUUGAGGCUGUUAAUAAGAAGCUACCAAAUGAAGACUUGUUCAGUCAACAAGAAUUCGAAGCUGGUGUACAAAAGAUUGUCGAGAACGGUAACAUCUUUGUAACAGACGAUGGUAUGAUGUACGGUAUCCACUGAAAUGAAGGAUGCUUUGGGAGCUGGCGUGUGUUUUAUGGUUUUCUUUUUGUUAAUAUGGAUUCAAUCUUCAGUUCAAUGUAUACUACGAGCACUACGUGUGUCAUACUAUGGUGUAAAGAGUCUUGCU